GGACUUCUCAGGAAAGAUGGUUUAUUUGGCAGUGCUUUCAUCAUUAGGCUUAUGCUUGUCUUUUAUGGAGUUUAUCAGGACAGAUCCAUGCUGGUAAAAUAUACAGACAUUGACUAUCAAGUAUUCAUUGAUGCUGCCAAAUACAUCACAGGGGGGCAGCAUCUUACCUACCGUUAUACUCCGUUGCUGGCUUGGAUUCUAACCCCAAACAUCUACAUUACUCAUCUGUAUGGAAAGCUCCUCUUUAUUGCUGGGGACCUGGUUGCUGCAUACCUCAUGUACCAGAUUCUUCUGCUCAGAGGGCAGGAGAGCAGGAAGGCCUGUGGGUGCUGCGUAUUCUGGCUCCUCAAUCCCCUGCCAAUGACUGUGUCCAGCCGAGGAAAUGCCGAGUCCCUUGUAGCCGGCCUAGUCCUGGGCACCAUGUAUUGUAUGGAAAAGAGGCAUCUGGCCAAGGCUGCUGUUCUUUAUAGCCUGUCUGUACAUAUGAAAAUUUACCCAGUGGCUUAUGCAUAGCCAAUAGCUCUCCAUUUGCAAAGCAGCAGAAGCUACGGGAAAGGGAAGACUGACAUGCCAGAGAAACAGAAAACCAACCGCUUGGUGGGCAUCAUCUGGGGGCUUUUCUUAAGGCUGUUCAAUUGGGAUGUUCUGCUUUUUGGAACUGUGGCUGGAUGUACCUUUGCUGCCCUGGGACUCGCUUUUUAUUUCUGUUAUGGCUGGAACUUUCUGGAGCAGACCUACCUCUACCACUUGACCCGGAGAGAUAUCCGCCACAACUUCUCACCCUGUUUCUACAUGUUGUACUUAACCGCAGAAAGCAAGUGGCAUUUUUCCCUUGGUCUUGCAGCUUUCUUGCCUCAGACCCUGUUGCUUUUCGUUCUUUCUUUCACUUACUACAAAGAUCUUGUCUUCUGCUCCUUCCUGCAUACAGUGGUUUUUGUGAGUUUUAACAAAGUCUGCACCUCCCUGUAUUUUCUGUGGUCCCUUUGCCUCCUGCCACCUGUAAUCCCCUUUUUGAGGAUGUCCUGGCAGCGAGCUGCAUUCCCUCUCCUGCUCUGGCUUAUGGGCCAAGCACUGUGGCUGGCGCUUGCAUACUUUUUGGGAUUUGAAGGGCAGAACACUUUCUUGCUCACAUGGCUAGCAGGCUUACUCUUUCUUUUUGUCAACUGUGUGAUUCUUGUCCAGAUUAUUGCUCACUAUGGCACAGGGCAGAUGACCAGGAAAAUUAAGCUACAGUAA